AUGUCAAGAUCAAAGGUCCAGCUGGUCCCCUUCGACCCUGAAUCGCCAGACCACGCCGACAGGAUGCUGCAACAGAGGAUUGAAUGCGGCUGGCAUUUCGACAAAGUCCACGCGUGGAAGGAAGACCAGCGAUCCGGACUCAAAUGCAUCUACUGGAUCUCAAUCCACCCAUCAGACCCCGACGCAGAGUCCAAACUCUCCAAACACACAACUCUCUUCCCCAAGGUUCGUCACCCCCAUCCCCCCAUCCUCACCGGCACUCAAAUGAUCUCUCAGGAAAAAGAACCCCUAAAAGACACGGCGUCCUCGAUCCGCUCGACCCCGCGAACCCCGACCGAAACCGCCUUCAUCCCCGUCGGCCACAUCUCUCUCGACGUCGACAACCCCGCCGCCACACGCCUCGCCCUGCCCAUCCCCGCGGAAAACCUCUACUGGAUCAAGAGCCUGUACGUCUCCUACGCGCUGCAGAGCUCCGGCAUCGGGCGCGCCGCGAUGGACGAGGUCGAGGCCAUGGCCACCCGCGAGCCGCUCCGCGCGAGGGUGCUCAUGCUAGAUACCGUGUGCAAGGAGGACCAGCAUCGGGAGGAGAUGGUGGCCCAGGUGCAGGGACGUCCUCCGGCGAUGUCGACCGAGGAGUGGUAUGCUAGGAGGGGGUAUGAGGUUAUUUGGAAGGAGUUGAACUUUUACCCUGAUUUCGACAAGGACGGGAAGCCGCUGGGACGAAGCACGGUUUUCAUGCGGAGGGAUUUAGUCCAGUUUCCUGAGAGAUGA